CGGCCGCCGUACCGCGGACGCGCCCUGCCCGCCAUGGCGGCGCCCGAGCCGCCGCCGCCGCCGCCCGAGGGCUCCAGGCCGCUGAGCGCGCUGCUGAGCGGCAUCGCCCAGGCCGCCUUCCACGGCACCGCGGGCAUCACCGAGGAGCUGCUGCGUGCCCAGCUCUACCCCGAGGCGCCGCCGGAGGAGUUCCGCGCUCUGCGCGCCAAGAUGGGCGGCCUCCUGCAGUCAAUUGCUUCGGCAGACAUGGAUUUGAAUCAGCUGGAAGCUUUCCUCACUGCCCAAACCAAAAAACAAGGUGGCAUCACAUCAGAUCAGGCUGCAGUCAUUGCUAAAUUUUGGAAGAACCACCGGACUCAAAUCCACGAGAGCCUGAUCAAUCAGAGUCGCUGGGAUAAUGUCCUGAAAAACAUGAACUGGAGAGUGGACCUGAAGUCACAGUUGAGGCACAUUGAUCAGAUAAACACUCCUGUUGCAAUAGUUGAAAUGGAGCUGGGAAAAAAUGGGCAGGAAUCAGAGUUUCUCUGCCUGGAGUUUGAUGAGGCCAAGGUGAGCCAGAUGCUGAAGAAACUGUCAGAAAUAGAGGAAAGUAUGACUUUGUUGACUCAGACUACUUAAUCAAAUAAAGAGAUUGCAACUUA